GCUCUGUUUUUAAAUAACUGCUGGAAACAAUCGGAUCUCUUACUGCUUCCAGAGCUUGGUGAGCCAAAAUCUCAACACCUACUGGGAGUUCAGAAUCACAGGGUGGAGCUGCUUAAAAGCAGACGCCACCAGCAAAGUCUCUUUAAACCAGAAGGCGUGCUUUGUAAGACCUUGGGCUUCAGGGCUAUGAGCAACUCACUGAUUUCUGAAGGAAGAGGUGUCUUGUCAUGAAAGGACUGGUAACAAGGGGCAGUUGUGGCUAUGUAUUCUGGGAACAUAGAUCAGAAGUAUGGGUCAAUCUUUUUCCAGUCCUUUGGAAAUCUAUUUAUUUUUAGAUGCUUGUAUGGCAUAUUCAUUGAUGGAAAUGACAAAGUAGUAUCAAAAAUUGUAUUCAGGUAA